AUGAUGGCUAAGCCGCUCAGAUCUCGGCCCCAGGGAUCAAACAGUCACCUAGCUGGGGCUGCCAAGUUCUUCGUUGGGAUCACCGUAGUCUCUGUCCUUAUGGUCGUUCUGGGCCCUAGGCUGUCUUUGGGUGCCCGGCGCCUCACAGAGGAGAUCAUCAGCUACCAAGAGGUGCUAUCGUCCCUUGACGCCCAAUCCCAAUCAGAGGGGGACCCCGUUCACACCACUUCCCACCACUCCUCCCAUCAAGGUGUGAAUGCGAUUACGGAAGAAGGCAAGGAAGGAGAUGGAGUUGUAAAGAAGGAAGCAACCAACGGAUGGGGAAACAGUAAAGACGAGUUGGACGAACAGCCUGCUAGAAAGAAGACGGCUGGGGCGGGGGCCACCGAGGGGGGCAGCAUCCACGUGAUUGUGACGAGCAACGGCUCUCCCUACCUCAACUGGCAGACCCGGAUCAUGUACCACAGCUUCAAGAAGGUGGCAAGCACGCCGGGCAGUGCCAUGCACCACUUCACGCGCGUGUUGCACCGCUCCUCGGACGACGUCCUCAUGGGGGAAAUUCCCACCGUUCGAGUGGAGCCCCUGGACCCGUCCUGCGACGUGUGGUGUGAAUACCCCGUGGCCAGCCGACCGUCCGCCAUCCUGCAGUGGCUCGAGUCGGGGGACCCCAAGGGGGACUGGGUGCUCAUGGCCGAGACGGACCACUUGUUUGUCAAGCCAUUUGCCGUUCCGGCGUCCGGCCGGAAUGUGGGCUUUCCGUUCAGCUACAUGGCGCCUCAGGCAGGAGAGCUACGGAGCUACAUGAAGAGGUUGUACGACUGUGCUGACUGCUCCGUGAGCGACAUCCCUCCAACCGGCAACGCGCCGCUCCUCAUGAAGAUCGAGGACAUGAGGAAGGUCAUCCCUUUGUGGGUUGACGUCACAGCGCAGAUAGAGGAAGACGAGGACGCAAAGAAGAAGCUGGGCUGGGUGCGGGAGAUGUACGCGUUCUCAAUAGCGGUGGCCAAGGCGAAGGUGGACCUGGACCUGCCCAAGAAUCCUCGGGGGAUCAUGGUGCAGCCUCCAGAGGACGAAGUGUUGGGCGAAGCCAGGAUUAUACACUACACGUGGGGCAACUUUAUCAAGGACGAGCGAGGGAACGACGUGUGGAGCUGGGACAAGCGGGACUUCGUCGCCCCGGGACUGCCCCCGCGGAUCAAGGAGCCCCCGGCAGAUCUGGCUACGGAAGUGCAGUCCGCCUGGAUUGCUACCAUGAACGAGGCCAUCGACUCGAUCCCCCGGUACUGUCAAGGAGAGCUUGACGCGAUGAGCCCUGAAGAACGGGCAGCGGCGGAAGAGGCUGGGGGAAGGGUCGGGGUUACAUGAGUAUGCUCGAGGAGGGGAAGAGGCAACGUGAAUGAUUGCGUGAAGCGAUCAAUUGCAUGGCAUACCCACUCCGGGCAUGAUGCAUAUAUUGACUAAAAACUCGUAUCAAACGGUGCCUUUUGGAUUGAUGCAACCUGCAUCCACAAGCAUUUGCCCUAGUUUCGGUUGCAGAGCCGCAUGCGGACGUACAGACUGCGCUUGUCAUAUUUUGG